CGUAGCCGCCGCCGCUCGCGGCCCCCGUAGCGGCCCCUGCCGGCUCCCGUACCGGGGCCGCCGCGCGCCGCUGCCGCCGCCGCCCGGGAUGGAGCCGGUGCCGCCGGCGGGGCUGGGGGCGACGCUGGCCAAGCCCCGGCGCCCCGUCAUCGCCUGCGCCCUCUGCCAGCUGCGCUUCAACUCCCAGAGUCAGGCGGCAGCGCACUACCAGGGCAACCGCCACGCUCGGCGCCUGAAGGGGCUGGAGGGCGCCCGGGGCCGCCCCGGCGACGGGGACAGGGACAAGGACAGGGACAAGGACAAGGACAAGGACAAGGCGGCAGCCCCGGGCACCCCAGCGCCCGGCCCCCCCGACGGCGACGGCCCCUGCGCAGGCGAGCGGCCCCCGGCACCCGAGCAGCCCCCGGCGGCGGCAGCACCCGGGGAGGGGACAGCAGGGACGGGGACGGCGGGGACGGUGGCAGCGGUGACGGGGACGGUGACAACGGGGACGCAGGCGGAGGAGGAGAAGGCGAAGCGGCUGCUGUACUGCGGCCUCUGCAAGGUGGCCGUCAACUCCCUGUCCCAGCUGGAGGCCCACAACAAAGGCACGAAGCACCGCACCAUCCUGGAGGCGCGCAGCGGGCUGGGGCCCAUCCGGGCCUGCCCGCGGGGGGGGGCGGGGGCGGGCGGCCCCCCCUCGGCGCUGCCCCCCCGCGCCUUCCACUGCCGCGUCUGCAACGUCCGCGUCAACUCCGAGGCCCAGCUCAAGCAGCACAUCUCCAGCCGGCGGCACCGCGACGGGGUGGCCGGGAAGCCCAACCCGCUGCUGGGGCGGCCCCGGAAGGCGCGCGGCCCCCCCGAGCUGGCGGCGCUGCCCUUCGCCAAGGAGCUGCCCAAGGCGCUGGCGGGGGGGGGGGGGCUGCUGCCGCCCCCCCUGGCCCUGGCGGCCGCCGCCGCCGCCGCCGCCCUGGCCGCCCCCCCCCCGCUGGCGCUGCGCCCCCCCGGCCCCCCCGGCGCCCUGCUGCCCGGCCCCCCCCUGGCCCCCGCCCUGCUGCGCCCCGCCCCCGGGCCCCUGCGCCCCGCCCCCGCCCCCCUCCUCUUCUCCCCCUACUGACCCCCCCCCCGCGACCACCGGAGACCACCGGCGACAACCGGAGACCACCGGUGACAACCGGAGACC